UGCUGCCUGUCAGUGCUCGCAUUCCCCCACAGCCAGUACUAGUUUGCUGAUAGCUACAUUUUUUUGGGGGGGGGGGGGUAACAAUUGAAUUUCUCCUCACAUCCUCCCCACUCGCUAUUUUUUGUCUGUGUUUUUUAGGCUGCCGGCUGGAAAUCUCAUCUUUCAAACCCGGCCUCCCCGCAAGUUGCGACGGACGAACGGACGGACGGACGGUGGACUUUUUCCCCACCAACUUGUUCACCCACGGUGUUGCGCCAUUAAAUUGAUACAACCCAGCCAGCCAGACGGCGAGCGAGAGGGCUCAGUUAGCAGCACAUGGCUCGGGUCCAGUGCAGCAGCAUCUGAGAAAAAGAGUGCGUUUGCUUUCUCAAGUCACUCGUUUCGCAGAAGGCAUCACCAGAGGACCAAGUGCAUCUGUACGGACCCACACGGCGAACAAGAAAGCCAUUGCGGAACUCGGGUGUCGGUGCUACUGGGGGGAAAUCGACAAGCAGGCGGGUCAGCGGCGAAACUAAACCGGUCGGCCUUAGAGCGUCAUGAGAGCGGAGAAAGCUAUUCCAAUAAUCAAUGGGAAGGCAGAAGAUACGAUGGAGAUCGAAGCUUCCAACGUCAAUUUAGUUCGUUCCAACGACAAGAGAGUGUCAGAAAGAGGCCAAUGGAAUAACAAAGUGGAGUUUGUCCUGUCUGUGGCGGGGGAGAUCAUUGGAUUAGGGAACGUAUGGAGGUUCCCCUACCUCUGCUACAAGAACGGAGGCGGGGCAUUCCUCAUCCCAUAUGUAAUUUUUUUCAUCGGCUGUGGUAUACCUUUGUUUUUACUGGAGACUGCCCUGGGCCAGUACACCAGUGAAGGGGGAAUUACAUGCUGGAGGAAGAUUUGCCCCCUCUUUGAAGGUAUCGGAUUUGCUACCCAGGUGAUCGAGGCACAUUUAAAUGUGUUUUACAUCAUUGUUUUGGCUUGGUCCAUAUUCUACCUUUUCAAUUGCUUUACAACUGAACUGCCUUGGGCCACCUGUGGACAUUAUUGGAACACAGAAAACUGCUUAGAGUUUCAGAAGCUGAAUGCCACCAAUUGCAAUCAUACAGCCGUACCAAAUGCAACUUCGCCGGUCAUUGAGUUCUGGGAACGUAGAGUGCUUGGAUUAUCUUCGGGAAUUGACAAGAUUGGAAGUAUACGAUGGGAACUGGCUCUGUGUCUUCUCGCUGCUUGGGUCAUCUGUUACUUCUGCAUUUGGAAAGGACCAAAGUCCACUGGGAAGGUGGUGUAUGUAACAGCAACGUUCCCCUACCUGAUGCUGCUGGUUUUGUUGAUUCGAGGAGUGACUCUACCUGGAGCUUCAGAGGGAAUAAAGUUUUACCUUUAUCCAGACAUCUCCCGUCUGUCAGAUCCUCAGGUCUGGCUGGAUGCUGGCACCCAGAUUUUCUUCUCUUAUGCAAUCUGCCUUGGAUGUCUAACUGCAUUAGGAAGCUACAAUCCCUAUCACAACAACUGCUACAGGGAUUGUAUCAUGCUCUGCUGCCUCAACAGCGGCACCAGCUUUGUUGCUGGUUUUGCGAUUUUCUCCGUGUUAGGAUUCAUGGCUUUGGAACAAGGAGUGCCGAUAAAAGAUGUGGCUGAAUCAGGUCCUGGGCUGACUUUCAUUGCCUACCCGAAAGCGGUCACUAUGAUGCCUCUCGCUCCGUUGUGGGCUGUCCUCUUCUUUCUGAUGCUCAUUUUCCUUGGACUGGACAGUCAGUUUGUCUGUAUGGAGAGCCUGGUGACUGCUAUAAUAGACAUGUAUCCCAAGGUGUUCCGUAAAGGAUACAGAAGGGAGCAGUUAAUUUUAGUUAUUGCACUUGCAUCUUACUUGAUUGGAUUAAUAAUGGUAACGGAGGGAGGAAUGUAUAUUUUCCAGCUGUUCGAUGCUUAUGCUUCGAGUGGCAUGUGUCUCCUGUUUGUGGCUUUUUUCGAGUGCAUUUGUAUAGGCUGGGCCUAUGGAAGUAACCGUUUUUAUGAUAACAUAGAAGACAUGAUCGGGUAUAGACCGUUCUUUCUGAUUAAAUGGUGCUGGUUGAUCAUCACCCCUGGUAUAUGCACAGCAAUUUUCGUUUUCUUUAUUGUGAGGUAUAAACCCCUGAAGUAUAACAACAUAUACGUUUACCCAGACUGGGGUUACGCACUAGGCUGGGCCUUGGCUCUGUCAUCCAUGAUCUGCAUACCUCUGGGUUUUAUCAUCAAAAUAUGGAACGCUGAGGGUACCUUUUCAGAGAGAAUUAAAAAACUUACCACGCCCAGUGCAGAGCUGCGAAGAAAAGGGAUGGGGAUAUUGAAUGUGGACACAUUGAGCAACACAAUGAAUGACUGUGAUGGUAAGCUUAAAGACGAUGAACGCAUUCCCACCAUCACGGAGAAGGAGACACACUUCUGAGCAAAUCCCUCAGUCUGUAUUGUAAAACGACAGCAAAAAUGAUGCCACUUAAUUAUAGAGUCCUGCUUGUUUUGCACAAACUUUAUUAUUAACUUGUUAAUUCAAAUUAAACAUUAUAUACUUGUUUUUAAAAAAAAGUGACUUUUUAAUGAUUGUAUGAGUAACUGAACAAAUAUAUAAUGCAUAUUAGUGAGCUCGUGCAAUAAUGUGACUGGUAAAUGUUUUAUAGAAAUGUUAGUGUGCAAUCAAUACAUAAUGUGAUAUAAAACUUUUAUACUUGGAACUCUUCAUUAUGGAAGGCACAGUGUUUAAUGGACAUUUCUGCUCAUCUGUAAGUACCUUAAAGACCAUUGCAAGUCACAGUGCAUGUUUGUGGAGCCAUUGUAUUUGAGUCACCUCCCCACAUUGACAAGAGAAGGUACAACAACAGUCUCCUAAUGUUAAGGGAAGCUCAUAAAUCCACUUCUUAAGUUGUCACUCCUCAAUAAUUUUGAUGGAAUUUUCUUAUUUAAGGGCAUUUUAAAUUUACAAUAUUUCUAUAGCUAUGACUUUCCACUGUAUAUUUACCCUAACCAAAGCCCCAUAAGCAUACAUAUAUGAUUGGUCUGGUCCCAAAUGUGAUAUCACUAAAGUGCUCUGCUUGUAAAUGUAUGCCAUGGACAAAGUAACACACUACUGAUAUUUUUUACAACUUUCCUAUGUUUAUUUGUUAUUUCUCAGACAUAUAUUCAAGAAACUGUGGGGAAAAACAGAUCAUUUUAGUUCCUGUAAAAAAAAAUGUAUUUGGUACAUAGUGAGGCCAAGUAUUCUGCCCUUUUUAAAAGAAUCUGCAAUAUUAGGUGUGGUGCCAAGUUUCACACACUGGAGAGUUUUGUGGCACAGGAUUUUGUUUGCUUACUUAUCAUUUUUAAAGGUAAAUAAAGUUAUCAAUUUACUUCA